GUUUCCGCAGUGCUGUAGUUUUCGCACUACGAUAAUCCCACACCAGGCUCGCCUCUAAAGUGUCUACAAACACCAGGUGAAGAGAAGCACCUUUCAUGAGGAACAGGAGCGGAGGAGGUGUGGACCCACGGCUCAGACACCGGCUGCAACAGCACUUGGCAUCAAGCAGCAGUCAGUAUGUGGAUCUGUCGCAAGUGGCUCAGGAGCUGCAGAAAGUAUAUGGAAUGGACUAUGGCAGAAGAAAUAAGACAGCCUUCAGGAUACAGGUGGAAAAAGUGUACCGGUCCAUUACUCAGGAUUCUGACCUCAAUGAGCUGGAAAGCAAACACUUGGUUAAAAAAGCCAAGCACAGCCAGAGCAACAUCGGAGAGAGCUCCAACAUGUUGUCUGACAGCGACGAGGAAGAUGAGAUUGUUCUGGGGAAUAUGCAAACCAACCAUAUAAACAGCUCUCUAACCAGCCUGUACAGAAAAGGUGCCGAGUCCACAGAAGGCACGAGUAGCAACCCAGCCCCACUGAGCACCAACCAGGGCUGGUUUAUCGACAAAGACCCCAACAAAAUCACAUCUCUCAUUGACCUGUGUGGCGAGGAUACAGUUCAGAAGAAUGUUUCUGGAAAGUCUCAGAAGAAGUCCAGAAAGAGGACAAAUGCAAUUACUGAAUCUGAAGACUCUCAACCUGUUAACAAAAAAGCAAAAAAAUCUAUUGAACUGCAGUAUCCUGCUCUGACAUUUGAAGAUGUUGGAGGAAAUGAAGAAACAUUAAAGGAUGUGUGUAAGCUGCUCCUUCACAUGCGACACCCAGAGCUGUACCAGCAGCUGGGAAUGGUUCCUCCCAGGGGCUUCCUGCUCCAUGGGCCCCCAGGCUGUGGAAAGACUCUGCUGGCUCAGGCUGUUGCAGGCGAGCUUGGGCUGCCCCUGCUAAAAGUGUCUGCUCCAGAGCUGGUGUCAGGAGUGUCAGGAGAGUCAGAACAGAAGAUGAGGGAGCUCUUUGACAAUGCAGUGAGUGCCUCUCCGUGCAUCCUCUUCAUUGACGAGAUUGAUGCCAUCACUCCCAAAAGGGAGGUGGCCUCCAAAGACAUGGAGAGGAGAAUUGUGGCUCAGCUCCUCACCUGCAUGGAUGACCUGAACAGUUUAACAGUAACAGCCCAGAUACUGGUGAUUGGAGCUACUAAUCGUCCUGACUCUCUGGACCCUGCAUUACGCAGAGCAGGGCGCUUCGACAGAGAGAUCUGCCUCGGUAUCCCGAACGAAUCUGCACGCUUCAGAAUUCUGAAGACAUUGUGUCGAAAGUUGAGGCUGUCUGAGGAUAUUGAUUAUGGGCAGCUGGCGCGGCUCACUCCAGGGUAUGUUGGGGCAGACCUGAUGGCACUGUGUCGAGAAGCAGCCAUGUGCGCUGUCAACAGAGCUUUCCUGGACACUCACUCAAGGGAAGCCCAGACUCAAGAGGAGUCGACAGACAACAGUCAGAAAUCACGGGAGUGCCCCUCAGAUUCCACUGUGUCGACUGAUGUCAAGCCUACACCUGCACAGCAGGGGGAGCUCUGCCACUUGUUGCAGCUCCUGAAGAAUUCAGAGCGGUUGUCAGAAGAGGAGCUAUCUGGACUGUCCAUCAUCAUGUCAGACUUUAAGUCUUCACUUCCCAGUGUCCAGCCCUCGGCCAAAAGGGAGGGCUUCGCCACUGUCCCCGAUGUGACGUGGGAUGACAUUGGGGCAUUAAGGGAUGUCCGAGACGAACUCACCAUGGCCAUAUUGGCCCCUGUUCGCUCCCCAGAACAGUUCAAGGCCUUGGGGCUUAGUGCUCCUUCAGGAGUACUGCUGGCUGGACCACCAGGAUGUGGCAAGACAUUACUUGCUAAGGCUCUGGCCAAUGAGUCAGGCUUGAACUUCAUUUCUGUCAAGGGCCCAGAGCUGCUGAACAUGUAUGUGGGAGAGAGCGAGCGCGCUGUCAGGCAGGUCUUUCAGAGGGGACGUAACUCCGCUCCAUGUGUCAUCUUCUUUGAUGAGAUUGAUGCUUUAUGCCCUCGACGAUCCGGAAACGAGUCCGGGGCAAGUGUGCGUGUGGUCAACCAGCUGCUGACUGAGAUGGAUGGUUUGGAAACACGGCGGCAAGUGUACAUCAUGGCUGCCACUAAUAGACCAGAUAUUAUUGACCCAGCCAUACUCAGACCUGGUCGUCUUGAUAAAACUCUGUACGUGGGUCUGCCACCGGCAACUGAUCGGCAUGCCAUUCUCCUUACUGUUACCAAGGGGGGGACCCGGCCUGAGCUGGACCAAGACGUCAACUUGGAAGACAUAGCAUUUGACGAGCGCUGUGACUGCUUCACUGGAGCCGACCUUACCGCUUUAGUGAGAGAGGCGUCUGUCAAUGCUCUAAAUACCUAUCUCAAGGCCCACAAUUCUUCAUUGCUCACAGAUGGUCAGAACCAUGUAGUUAACAUCAAAGUGAAUAAGCAGAAUUUUGAAAAUGCGUUCAAGAAAGUUCGUCCCUCGGUGUCUAAAAAGGAUCGUCAGAUGUAUGAGCGGCUCCAGGAGUCUCUCAGCACAUAAGACCCAGAUCUCCUACUCCACAAGGCAAACUUCAAUAUUUUUUUAUUAAAAUAAGCCAUAACAAGUUUU